AUGCGGGACCCAAUACCGCCGCCAUCGAUGCUGGUCCAGCUCACGCAGCCUCUGGCUGAAAAGCUGGACCUGAAGACCAUGCCGUAUCACGUUCACGAGAUCCUGGUCGGCUUCCUUGCGUACCAUGCCAUCUUGUAUGGACUGUCGCCGGCGGUCUCUCGACUCAUGUGCCCGAAGAUGUAUGCGGGCUUUAACAGGCGGACACGCCUGAACUGGGAUAUCCACUGGGUCUCGAUGAUCCAAGCCCUCUUCAUCAACGGUGCUGCACUUUAUGUGAUCUUCAGCGACCCAGAGAGGAAAGAGAUGGACUGGAAAGGCAGGCUGUGGGGCUAUACACCAGCAAGCGGUAUGGUUCAGGGCUUCGCAGCUGGCUACUUCCUCUGGGAUCUCCAAGUCUGCCUUACCCAUUUUGACAUUUGCGGUAUCGGUGCUUUGGUGCAUGCCAUAGGUGCCCUGGCUAUCACUUGUAUUGGUUUCAAACCGUUUGGAAAUUACUACGGUCUCUCUUUCAUCCUGUACGAGCUGUCCACGCCAUUUCUGAACAUUCACUGGUUCUGCGACAAGCUCGGUAUGACCGGAUCGAAGCUCCAACUGUACAACGGUAUUGCACUGCUCUUCACAUUCUUCGCCUGUCGAGUCAUUUGGGGCACCUACCAGUCAGUUAUGAUCUACUCGGACAUUUACAAGGCCUUGACGACACCGGCUUCCCAGAUGACGAAUCUGCUACUGGGUGAUGAUAUGUGUGGACGAAACGCCAGUGGCAGGGCGUAUGGUGGUCCGGUCAGUUGCGAGAUCACUGAGUUGCCCACGUGGCUCGUUACUAUCUAUCUCGUGGGAAAUACCGCGUUGAGCUUCCUGAACGUGUACUGGUUCAGCCAAAUGGUGAAGGCUGUCAGGAAGAGGUUCGUUCCCGCGGAGGAGUCGACGGCCAAGAAGAGCCAGUAG